CGUGUGCGAUAGUAAGUGGUGGUGUUCUCUGCAAAUGUUUAAAUUUGUUUUGUUGUUUAUAAAAAAUGUGAAACAUCUCGGUGACAUUUACGCUACCAACCCUACGAAGUCGCACUCCCCCUGUGGCAGUGAAAUUGACAGCGCCAUAUUGUUAAAGUAUUUAUGUUUUGAUUCCAAUCAAUAAAUCGCGAAAAAAAUCAUAAAAUGGAAGACAACACUAAGUUGUCUUGCCCAGAAGAAGAUGAAGAUUUAGAAGCUUUACGCUUAGCAGCUUUACAGUCGCUAAAAAGAAAAGCAACCAAUGAGGCACAAGCAGUAGUUCAUUUUGGUGCCAAAGAAAAAAUGUAUUACUUUAAUGGGUCACCGAGAGGAAAGCUGAAACGCGGGAAGUUUCCCAGAUCGCCACAAGGACGCAUACCCAGAAACGGUCAAUUCAAUGGCUGGAAUCGCAACUCUAACUUAAUCGCGGUCCCCAUGAUCACAGAGACCAACAGCCCCCUCGAACACAAAUCGGACGACGUCCCGAAACUCGUCCUCCCCCAAGACCGAUACUGCAAGGUCGAGAAAAGCCCCGAAAAACCCGACACACUAACGAGCAAAUUCGAUAGGUACGACAACUCUGACGAUUCCGGGUCAGACUCCGAAGACGAACUCUCUAAAUCAGAACCCGAAGAAAAAACCGACUUGAAGCGGUCCAGCAGCCUCGAAGCCCUCAUGGCCGAGCUCGAGAACGAAAUCCAAGGAGUCAGCACAAAACCAGAAGACAAGCCCAAGCACGUACCCAAGAAAAAGCGAAAAGUCAGCGAAACCAACACUGCCCCCGCCAGCCCUGAAAAACCCCCAGAACUUAAACCUCUCCCGGUUCUGAAAGAAAAUCUCAAACCAGACCCGGAACUCCCCAAAAAGGCGCCUCACAAUUUCCGCCAGCGCAAGUGGCAGAAGCCUCCUCGUCGUCACAACGUGCAAAGUUUCGGGCCUCCGGUCGUCCACCAUCAGGUUCCUCCCCCCGAGAUGAUGCAACCGCCGGUCGUGGCGUUCGCCCCGCCUCCGGUGCAGACGUUCGGGCCUUUUAACCCAAUUGGAUUCGAUAACGGGGUGUAUGCUCCCCCGCCGGUGCUUUUCGAGGCGCCGCCCCCGCAGUUACCCCCCAUGCAUGUGGCUCCGCCUGUUUACGAAAGGCCGCUGUCGCCGCUCUCUAUUAGUAACAUCACGUUGGCGCCGCUGUCUCCGAGGAGUGCCGCUUUCGUGAUGGAGAACAGAGCUAUCGUGGAGAAGAGGAAGCGGAGGUCGUAUUCGAGGAGUCCGUCACCAGCAAGGUUUCGACGGUCGAAGACUCCAAAAAGGUCGUCGUUGUCUCCUCAACGGUUAUCCAAGUCUCCCAAGCGGCGUUCGUUAAGCACCUCCCCCAUACGUAAGGUCCUCCCACCUCGCACGAACUCCCCCAAAAAGCCACCAAUCCACGACCGCCUCGGCGUCAAACCCCCCACUAAGACUGAGCCCGAAGACGAUAAAACUAAGAAAAACGAAGAAAAGAAAGAAGUGUUGGACCCGAUUCUAGAAGCUCGCCGGAAGAAAUUCGAACGCAACGAAAUCGUGAUGACUGAAGGUGUGAUCCGGUUAAAGAAACAAGAAGAUUCAGAAGAGGCUGAACCGCAGAAGGAAGAAGCACCAAUCGAAGAACAGAUCGAAGAAGAAGACGACGAAGACAUCGACGAAGAGGCGCUACUGGAAGGGGACGACGGCGACGAUGCGAUCCUCCUAGAUCACAACGCGUUGUUUUCGGACGAAGAAUCAGACAGCGACAACGAAGGAAGAUUCAAAACGAAACAAGAGAGUAACCAGAAGGUUCCGGUGUUGUCGUUUACGAAACUGAUAAACGGGGUGAAGACCGAAGUGAAGAACGAUUUGAGGGUGGAGGAGAAGAAGAUCGGGAGGAGGAACGAAAGGAGGAAGAAUUUCAGGAGCAGAACUCCGGUGAAGAGUCCCGUGAAGAAAGCAGCGGUGAGCAAGGCGCCGAAAAAAACCGAAAAGGUGAAGCAACCAAUCGGAUUCGCCAGUGAUAGGAAGAUCGAGAUCAAGAUCCGGAAUCCGGCGAAGUACGAAAGGGCGGAGCCGGUGAAGAGUGGGGAGGAGAAGAGCGGAAGGAAAGUUGAAGUGGCGAAGAAGGAGGGAGAGGAAGUCGAGCCCGAGACGGCGCCUGAGGGUGCGGAAGAGGUGGCAAAUUCGAAUAUAUCGGAAGGUGAUUUGAGGGCGCAACUUAGUCGAAAACGCGCCGAGCGCCAAAAGCAUCCCCUACCGGACGUGGUUCCGUCGAGGCUCCUCCAGAACGCCCUCCAAGGGGUGGGUUUCCGCAAAGCGAAAAAAUCGAAAAAUAAAGAUGAAAAUGCAGAGGGAAAGUUACCGAUUCACUUGAGACUGGGGGCGGCGAACAAUCCGGAGGUUUUCGGGAAGAAGUCGAGGAAGCACAAGAACAAAGGAAGUCAGGAGCAGGUAUUGUGUUUUGUUGCGUCAUUUCUUAUCAUUAUUAUUUUUAGUUUGUUAAAAUUAUUGUUCGAUUCGAUAGUUCAAAUAGUUGAUUUUUAUUCUACUCUCUGUUAUCCGGCAAUUACGAAUCUCUCACGGUGCACUAACAUUUUUCGCUUUUGCUUUACCAUCGUUCGAGAAUAGAUUCGAUCGGGAUUUCCUGUCGAUUAUGAUUACUAGGUUGCAUGUGUUGUAAAUUUUUUUCUGUAUUUCAUUUUUCUCCUUGUUCCAUUUAAUCUGGCUGUGUUACAGGAUAUUAUAUCGAGAAAAACGGCUUUUUCUUAAAAUUGUAUUAUAACGAAUCUGUGAUAUUUUAUAAGACUUGUAUCUAAUUUAGUUAUUUAUGUAUAGUAUGCAAUUUUUAAUUUGUAUUUGUAAGGUUUAAAAAGUGCAUACCAACCAUGUAGAUGUUGUAACUCCCUAGUCCUAAUCCUAAGUCAUAUCCCAAUAGAUGAGUCCCGCAACUCCAGCAUUGUAAAAUUUUUUAUAAUACAAAAAUUACACAUUUUAAUUUCGUUUGCGAUGUGUCAUUUUUGUAAAGUGAGGAAAUUUUGUAAUUAAUUUGUAUCAUUUUGUGAAAAAAAAAAUGAAAAAAAAGAAAAGACAAGAAAAAAAUGAUACAUAAAAAAAUGAACAUGAAAAAAUACUUAUUGGAAAUAUGUUUGUAACAAUAUAGGUUUAAACAACACCAACUACGCCUCAAAAGUCAACCCAUGAUGGAGUCCUAUGAAUUCUGGAUGUGCCGUUAGUGACACUCGGAGACUGUAUAUUAAUGUCAUACAUUAAUUAAAUUAAGUUGUAAAAGUCACUUUAUUGUUUGCUAGUAUAUGCUGCAGUUGUAAUUAAAACAUUUAUCUUCAUAUAGGUACAAUUUUUUUAAUUGCUUUUUCAAUAUU